AUGUUAAAAAAUGAUAAAAGCGAAAUUUUUAUAGAAGGAUCAAAAGAAAAUGGGUAUCCAUAUGUUUUGGAUUUUCCUGAAAAUGAAGAAAAUUUAAAAUAUCCAUUUCAAACAGCGUACAAAGUCAAAAAGUAUCAAGGCGUUCAACAUGGAAUUGAAAGAGUAAUUUCUGAUUCAAAAUUAACCCCAUUGAAAAAGAAAUUUCAAAGACCGACAUUUGCAUUCACACCUGAUACAUGGGAAAUGGAUCAUUUACAUGGAAGACCUGUUCAAAGCGGUGGAAAAACAUUAAUGGUUGCAUCGUAUUUAGUUUUUAUAAAUGUUAACACCAAAUAUUUAUAUUUGUUUCCAGUUCAGUCCAAAGAAGCAAUUGAAACAUUUAAUGUAAUAAAGAAAUUUACAGAACUUGAGUUUAAUCAUUUUGGUCAUAAAGUUAAACUGAUCAAAUGUGAUGGUGAUGCUGGAUUUGAAAGUGCAAUGCAAAUGAUAAUGAUUGAAAAAUCAAAAUAUGAAGAUCAAAUGGAUUAUGAACUUGUUCCUGAUGAAAAUUAUAUACCAACAAAAAGAAGAGGACGACAAAAAAAGAAUGCGGGAAUGAAACAAGUUCUUGUUCAUAAAGAAAUUCAAUAUCAUCCAGUAUAUGGAGUUAGUUUUCAUGUUUCUUCAUCAAAAUUUACUUAUCAUAAUAAAGUUGUUGAUAGUGUUAUGAGAACUUUAAGAAAUGCGCUCGGACCCAAUAGACAAAAUUAUUGGGAUGGUAAUCAUGAUAAUUUAAUUCAACAAUUAUGUUAUUAUUACAAUAAUACAUGGCAUAAAUCAAUCAAGAUGACACCAUUAGAAAUGCAUAUUCAUAGAGAUAAAGAAUGGGAAUUUAUCAGAAGAAAAACAGAAAAGUUAAAUGAAGUGAAGCAAAGAUUAUAUGAGAAUGGUUAUUAUGUAUUUAAACCAGGAGAUGAAGUUUUAGUUUAUUUAGAUACAUCAAAGACAAAAGAACUUUUUAAGAAGAGAAGAAGGAAUUUUGAUCAUUUAGGUUUGUUUCAAAGAUAUCAAGAUGGUAAUGCAAUUGUUCUUGUUACUUUUAGAGAAGAUGAUGAGAUUAAUGAUGGGGAAGAUGAAAUUUUAGAAGGUGAUGUUGAAGUUGAAGUUCCUCUCUAUUUUGUCAAAAAAAUUUAA